AUGGUGGGAAGACCGGAAGUGGGAAGCAAGGAGCGGAAGUGGGAAGUAAGGAGCGGAAGUGGUAGCAAGGGCGGGCAAUACGCGCCUCCGCUGCUGUUGUUUGGCUUCCACGUGCAAUUCCACUUCUACUCAGUCUGUUCUCGUGAAAAAAUGGGCCGAUGUCUGGCGAUGCCCGGCGAAGGUUCCAUGAUUCCUUGGGAACUGCAAUUAAAGGCCGAGCCACUUAUUCUUUUGGGAUCAACAAACAAAGGCUUGGUCUAUGGCGGGCGUCUCAGGACACAAGCUGACCAGGAGAGAACACAAGCUGACCUGGAGAGGACACAGGUUGACCAGGUGUCCUGUCUGCUGGAUCUGACCAUAGUCAUCAUGCCAAGGGGACAUAAGAGUAAGCAUCGCUCCCGUGCCAAGCUUCAACAGGAAUAUGUGGAGAGCAAGAGUCUGCAGGGUGCAGAAGCCCAUAAAGAGAAGAAAGUGGAGUCGUCCCUCUCCUCUUCUGUUGGUGAUUAUGCUCUCCCUAGCUCCCAUACUGCCUACAGGCCCCAGAUGUCCCAGGAAGCCCCUGCCUGUGCUGAUGUAGGGGCUUCUUGUAUUAGCUCUGAUGUAGUUCAGAAUCCUAAUGUAGGUGCUAAUGAGGAAAGUUCCAGCAUCUCACAGGUGGCAGACCCCACUACGAGCAUCUUCAAAGAUCCUCUCACCAGGAAGAAUAUACUGGUGCAGUACAUGCUAGAGAAGUUUAAAAUAAAAGAGCCUGUUAAGCAGGUAGAUAUGCUAAAGGUUAUCCAAAAAAAUUACAAGCAGCACUUCCCUGAGAUUUUCAGGAAUGCAACUAAGCAGAUUGAGCGGAUAUUUGGUAUUGAUUUGCAGGAAGUAAAGCCAAAUAGCAAACCUGGAACUCUUGGCAGCCAGUUGGCUGACAUCAGUGAGGGUAGACUAGGUGCCACUGGGGGUUUGUCCAAGUCGGGCAUGGUGAUGAUGCUCUUGGGUAUCAUCUUUAUGAAGGGCAACCGUGCCACUGAGAAAGAUGUUUGGAAAUUCUUAAAUGAUUUGGGGAUUCAUGAGGGGAUGAAGUAUACAAUGUUUGGGGAGCCUAGAAAGCUCAUCACCAAAGAUUUGGUGCAGGAUGGAUACCUAGAGUAUCGCCAGAUACGUGGCAGUGAUCCUCCCUGCUAUGAAUUCCUGUGGGGUACCAGAGCCCGAGCUGAAACCACCAAGAUGCAAGUUCUGGAGUUCUUGGUUAAGGUUAUUGAUAAGCCUAUUAAUACUUUCCCUAUGCUGUAUAAAGAGGCUGUGAGGGAUGAGGAAAGGAGAGCAAGAGAGAGAGGUGCAGCUGGUGACCGCACUGUUGCCCAGGUCUCUUCCCAUGCUGCAGCCCUCAUCUAG